AAGCCAGGCGUGCCUGACUCGCUUUUGUGUGGGUGGCGACCUCCAAAACAACAACGAGCAUCUGUCUCGUUGCUCCGGCUGCUGUAAACCAGUGCCGAAAAACUAAACACCUAAUUUCUCUGCUUGUGGCAUUGUCACUUCCAGGCCGAGGUAGCCGGAGAGCGUGCUACGUCGCCCUUCAUCAAUAAUGUCCGCUCCGGAUUGACUGCGCAUCUGGAGUCGGACUGAGGCUGCGCUCACUAGCCACCUAGCGGAUAGCCGUGUUGUUGUUAGCAAUCUGCUAGCCGGACGGGCGGCUUUCUAUCUCUCCAUAACAACUACGAUCUAACGACUGGCUAUUUUAUCUUGGGGGGCAAAGGGAGAGAGAGACAAAAGAUGUAAAUGGCUCCGGGGCCGAAGAGACGGGAACUGACAGCAACAGGGAUGGCCUCCCCUCAGCCCGUCUGUUUCCUCCUUGUGCUUGCACUGCUGGCCUGGUGGCCCACGUGCCAGGCGGGUGACUGCAAAGGUCACCGGCAGGUGUUGAAGGGGCCGCCGGGCUACGUGACAGACGGACCGGGGAACUACUCAGUUAAUGGCAACUGCGAGUGGCUCAUUAAAGCACCGAGCAGCAGCUAUCGCAUUGUGCUGAACUUCACCUUCAUGGACACAGAGUGCACUUACGACUACCUGUUUGUGUAUGACGGAGACUCCUACCAAAGCCCCUUGUUGGCUAGUCUGAGUGGCAACACCCUGCCGCAGCCCAUCGAGGCCACGUCCGGGAAGAUGCUGCUUCAUCUCUUCAGCGACGCCAACUACAACCUGCUCGGCUUCAACGCCACCUACACCUUCUCUGUGUGCCCCGGAGCGUGUGGCGGCCACGGGCGCUGCGACCCGUCCACACACAAGUGCCACUGCCAACAGGGCUGGGGCGGGGCAUCUUGCGCGACUCCCCUGUGCUCCCACACCUGCUCGGCACAUGGCCAGUGUGACAAGAAGGGAGAGCGUUGCCUGUGUCAUGCCGGCUUCCUGGGUCACAGUUGCCAGCUCAGUCUCCAUGACGACAACGGGGCGGGACAGUGGUGGCGCAUUAAAGAGGGAGACCCCUACAUGUCGCCCAGGACAGGUUCCGCUGGCGUGUACCUGUCCUCCACUGGAGCCAUGUACGUGUUUGGAGGAUUUGACCUCAACAGAGCACUUGGUGACUUGAACAAAUACAACUUCACAUCUAACCAGUGGGAAAGCAGGUCUUAUGGUCACUCACCUUUGGCGCGGCAUUCCCACACCGCUGUGGAGUGGGCAGGAAACAUGGUGAUCUUUGGUGGGGAGCUGGCCAACGGCUCCUUGGCCAGCGACGUUUGGAUGUACCGGCCCCUGCAGGACGACUGGCAGCAGCUUGGCUUUCCCAACACUGGUGGCGCCCCCAAUUUGGCCAAUCACGCCGCAGCCGUAGUAGACAGUUACCUCUAUGUGUUUGGAGGUCGAACCGAGGACGACAUGUUUUCCUCCUCCUUGUAUCGGUUCAGCCUGCGGGGCUCUGGUCGGUGGGAGAUCGUCCAGCCCACCGGGGGGAAGCCCCCGGCCACCGCCGGCCACUCCAUGGUGUUCCACAGCCCUUCCAGGACACUACUGGUCUACGGGGGUCACCGGCCGACCACCGCCAGAUUUAGCGUGCGGGUGAACAACACUGACGCAUUCCACGUCGACCAACGCUUUUGGACGGCGUUCCGCUCCCGCUACCCGGCGACCGGCCCCCGAGAGAGAGCCUUCCACUCAGCCACUGUCAUCGGAAACUACAUGGUGGUCUACGGUGGAAAUGUUCACAUCCAUUACCAAGAGGAGAAGUGCUACGACGAAGAGAUCUUCUUUUACCAUUUGGGCUGUCACCAGUGGGUGUUAGCAGGCGAGAGAUGGUCACUCAGUGGUGAAGCCGUCAAGGGGCGCUACUCCCACGUCGCUGCGGCGAUGGAGGGACGCGUGCUGCUGGUUGCCGGCGGUUACAACGGUGUCACCCGCGGAGACCUUGUGGCUUUCAAAGUCCCUCUGUUUGUCAGUAGCAGCGAAGGUGACAGGGACGCCAUUUGCGCUGAGGCCCUGGAUGAAAGCAUGUGUCUGAAGAAUCCGGAAUGCAGUUGGUGUGAAGGGCGCUGUCGAGAGUAUGAGCCCACUAAUCAGUGCGGCAGCACAGGCUGCCUGGGCCUGGCGCGCUUCCUGUCCGACUGUCAGUCCUGCCUGGUAUUCAGCGGCACGCCGGCCACCCUGGCCAGGGCACCCGGCGAAUUCGGCUGGUGUGUUCAGAACGAGUCCUGCCUGCCCGUGUCAGAGCAAAGUGCGUGCCGUGUGGACCAGAUCUCAGGGGCGUACGGCUGGUGGGGGGAGCGUACCCUUUUCCUAACCUCCCUCCACUCCUGUCGCACCGAGAACUAUGUCCCGGGACUGCACCUGCUCACCUUCCAGCACCCCCGCAACGACUCCCAGCCUGACAAGGUGUCCAUCCUGCGCAGCACCACCAUCAUCCUCAGCCCGACCACCGAGAUGGACGUGGCCCUGCAGUUCAGGGGCUUCAUCCACCCUCUUUGGGGCGCGCCAACGGCCCCUCCCGCCGAGACCGUCUCCAUGUGGGCUCGCAUCCAGAGGCUCCAUUUUGAGGCUCGGGUGGCAUCGGGUCCCAACUCCAGCCAACUAGAGGUGGUAGGUCGUUGGGCGGCUCAGCAGGAGAAAGAGCUGAAGCUGCUGUCUCGCCCCGAUGGGAGUAAGCUGUUCUCCAACCUGACCAGAGGCAACCAUUACCUGGUCCAGGCCGAGGGCUACUUGAACAAUUCUGGUUCAGGGCAGACCAGUGAGAUGGCCCUCAUCUGGAACAGAACUCUGCCGGGAGGGAGCGAAAUCUCCUUCCUGUUCCUGGAACCCUAUCGUUCAGGUUCCUGUUCAGGCUACAUGUCCUGUUUGGCCUGUCUGUCGGACCAAUCUUGCGGCUGGUGCCCUUCGCUUUCCCGCUGCCUAUUUCGGGGCCCUGAACCGGAGCCUUGCCCUGAGGGGGCGCUGGGAGGAGGAAUGGGCGAGAUGGCUCAGCGCCAUCUGCUGCUGGCACCCCAGCACUGCACACUGUGCGAAGAGUACAGGGACUGCUCAACUUGUACUCAGGACCUUUACUGCGAGUGGCAGAUCAACUCCAGCAAGAAAGGAGACUACCAGUGCAGCAGGAGAGGCCGCUUGGAGGGCUCCAUACGCCACCCCUCAGGCUGUCCCAGAGUCUGCAACCAGCGCAAGACAUGUUCCGAGUGCCUCUCCAACUCCAGCCAGUGUGCUUGGUGUGAAUCUGCCCAGGCCUGCUUCUAUUUCGCCGCCUACCUCACUAAGUACCCUUACGGAGAGUGCAGGGACUGGUAUGACAGUGUGCAUUCGGUUCCACAAUGCAAGCACUGUUCUGCUUUAAACACUUGCACCGACUGCCUGCGAACGUUCCAGUGCGGCUGGUGUGGCGACUACAACAACCCUACCAUUGGAAAAUGUUUGAGAGGCGAUUGGGCAGGAAUGGACGACCCCUCUGUGUUUAACUGCAGCGUGGCCGUCGCUGAAGCCCGAGCCGCCAACCCUGAGCCGCAGACUUCUGCCCCACCUCGUCCUCUGGACAUGGACAUGGAGCUGGAUCUGGAGCACAUGGAAGGCGAAGAGCAAGAUGCCGUGUGGUCUUACCCCACUUGCCCCGAUGUAGAAGAAUGCCGCCUGGGCCUCCACAACUGCCACCCCUUCGCCACCUGCAUCAACACCCCCACCUCUUACGAAUGCCACUGUGAACGAGGCUACACGGGGGACGGCACUUUGCAUUGCAACCAGACCUGCUACAAUGAGUGCAGAGAGGGCCAAUGCAGCGGCAGCCCGCGCUUCGAGUGUGAAUGCUCACUGGGUUGGACAUCCGAUCCCGCCACUCUGGUUCUGAGCGGCGUCGAGUGUGACGUGGACUGCGGCUGCAACUUUCACUCCACCUGUAUCACCGCGCCAGGGAUAUGCGAUGAAUGCCAAGACUGGACCACAGGGCCCCAUUGUGAGCACUGUCGCCCAGGGAGCUUCGGCUCGGCCAUGGCCGGCGGCGGUGGAUGCCUCCAGUGUGAGUGUAAUGGCCACGGCGACCCGCUGCGAGGAUACUGCCACAACCAGACGGGCCAGUGCUACUGCACACAUAACACCCAGGGCCUGCACUGUGAGUCCUGCCUGCCUGGUUACUACGGUGACCCCAGGAAUAAUGGCACUUGCUACCGCCAGUGCCAAGGACGCUCGGUGCUGCUCUCCUCCACCUCCUCGUCCCCUGGCGUACCGCUCUCCUCAUCCCUGGGCUGGCGGAGUGGCGCUGAAGGCAAUGGUGGACUCUCCCAUUGCCUUUGGGUCCUGUCGGUGACGGAGAGCCUGGCGCCAUGUCUCCCCAGGCAGCUGUGUCCGCCUGUUGCCCUCACGCUGCACCCCGACUCCCAUACCCACUGUAAAAGCUCAUACGUAUAUGUGUUUGAUGGCCUUCCCCGUUUCCUGGAUAACGGCGUCGUACAUUCAGACCAUAACUUGAUCGGCGCAUUUUGCGGCACGACAAGGACGCAGCCUAUCACCGUCGAGGCCACCUCAGGUGUGAUCUCUGUCUACUUCGAGGCCAACGUGUCGUCAAACAAACCCCAAGGCUUCAAUGCAUCCUUCUGGGUGCGGCGGUGUCGCCACAGCGCCGACGAGAGCGACGACGGGUCGCCCGUGUGUCCGGGCGGCGCGCAGUGCCAAGGCGGGCUCUGCCAGUGCCCCCCGGGAUACGGCGGCCCCCACUGCGACCGCCCCGUUUGUCCCCAAGAUUGUGGGCUUGCAGAGGGACGAGGAACUUGUAAUCUAACGCUGGGAGUGUGUGUGUGCUCAGAGAACUGGGCUGGCUCUGACUGCGCUGUGCCCCGAGACUCCAACAGCCUGAUCUGGGAGACGCUACUGGACACGCAAUUGACAGUGAAUCAAGCCCACAGGUUCCUCCACAGGAUGGGCCACUCUCUGGUUUCUGGACCUCACGGCAAUCUUUGGAUGUAUGGGGGACUCUCUCUUUCAGAGGGCAUUCUCGGAAAUAUUUACAGAUAUUCCGUGUUAGAGCGCCGUUGGACUCAAAUGUUGACGAGUUCGGCAGACGAGGGUUCCACCCCAGCACCUCGUUAUCAUCACGCCGCGGCCCUGUUGAGCAGCCACGAAAUGGGAACCAGUCACAGCUGCAUGCUGGUAGUGGGCGGAGUCACUCAGCACUCUGUUGCCAUGGACACUUGGAGUCUCAACCUCAGCAGUUUGGUCUGGAGAGAGCACAAGAGCUCAGUGCUGCCUUCGGUGGCGGGCCACACGCUGACAGUGCGUCGGGACAACUCGGUGCUCCUGAUUGGCGGUUACUCUCCAGAAAACGGCUUCAACCACCACCUGCUCGAGUUCAGCCCUCACACGGGAAACUGGACAAUCGUAGCACACACCGGCACGCCACCGACGGGCUUAUACGGCCACUCGGCCGUUUACCACGAGCAGACGGACGCUGUCUAUGUGUUUGGGGGUUAUCGUUUCCAUGUGGAGGCUGUGGAGCCAUCAGGAGAGCUUUACAGCCUGUACUACCCCAACUUCACCUGGUCACUCCUGGUACCCUCGCAGGGUAACAAGCCCAUCUCCCGUUUCUUCCACGCUGCAGCCCUGAUGAAAGACACCAUGGUCAUCGUGGGGGGACAGACAGAAGCGGAGGAUUAUAGCAACUCGGUGUUCUUGUACCAGAUCAACUGCAACACCUGGAUCCAACCAGACUCUGCCAUUGGCGACUCGGUCAAUCGCUCUGUGUCUCUUGCCAUGACGAGCUGGGGCGGCAGCCUCUUCUUAUCGGGGGGCUUCAACGGGGUCACCUUGGGACGACUCCUGAACCUAACGGUGCCCGCCGACCCCUGUGCAGUGAUGGCCACGCCGGAGACCUGCAACACCACCACCGGCAGCUGUGUUUGGUGCCGAGGAGCCUGCGCAUCUUCCGAUAGUGCUGAACGAAUGGGCUGUUUCACUGGCCAGUCGCCCUGUUCGCCAACCCCGCGCCAGCCAGAUCAGUGCCGCAGACUUAAGACCUGCAGCGAAUGCCUGGCCCGUCAUCCCAAGACAUUCUCGGGUCCAUCGCAGCCUGCUUUCCAAUGCAAGUGGUGCACCAACUGCCCCGAGGGGGCUUGCAUCAGCAGCUCGGUGAGCUGCACAUCCGAGCACGACUGUCGCAUCAACCAGCGAGAGAUCUUCCUUUCCAGCAACUGCACGGAAACCAGCUGCGAGGCUUCCGACUGCCCCAAGUGCACGGCGUCGGGAAAAUGCAUGUGGACCCGCCAGUUCAAACGCACAGGCGAGACACGGCGUAUCCUGAGCGUCAACCCCACGUAUGACUGGACCUGCUUCAGCUACGCCCUCCUCAACGUCUCGCCCAUGCAGGUGGAAUCCUCGCCGCCACUGCCAUGCCCUCCGCCCUGCCACACCCUCCUCAACUGUACCCUCUGUCUGGGCUCCAGAGGCUCUGACGGCGGCUGGCAACACUGCGUGUGGAGCAUGGCCCUGCAACAGUGCAUGAGUCCAUCGUUUGUGCCGUUGCGAUGUGAAGCGGGCCAGUGCGGUCGCCUUCUCUCCGGCGGGGACUCCUGCUCUCCGCAGUGCUCCCAGCUCACCCAGUGCUCCCAGUGUAUUGCCAGGCCCCAGUGUGGCUGGUGCGCCACGCGGGGGGGAAACGGAGCGGGAUACUGCCUUCAAGGAGGACUUGAAGGAGUCAGCGAGGGUGUGUGUCCUCUGCGGAACAGCAGCUGGUCCUUCCUGCACUGUCCAGAGGAGGAUGAGUGCGCAAACGGCCAUCACCACUGCAACAGCACCCAGGACUGCCAUGACCUCUCUCAAGGAUACGACUGCACUUGUAAACAAGGCUACAUACUCAGCGGCGUAAGUGGUCAGUGUGAGCCGGUGUGCGCUCAGGGCUGCGUGAACGGGACGUGCAUGUCGCCCGGCGUGUGCCGUUGUCACUUUGGCUUCGUGGGGGACAACUGCUCCUCCCAAUGCAGCUGCAACAAACACAGCAAUUGUGCCAGCGUCGCCAAGCCCGACGUUUGCCUCGAAUGCCACAACAACACCAUCGGCAAGCAUUGCGAGAAGUGCAAGCCGCUGUUCGUGGGCUCGGCCAAAGGCGGCGGCAACUGUCGGCCGUGCCGGGAGUUCUGCCGGGGCAACAGCGCUUUGUGUCUGUCCCGCGAUGAGCACAAGAAGGCCCAAGAGAACCUGCGCCGCUUUCCCCUGGAGUCCAACAGCAUCCACAACUGGGUGUCCGAGGGUCCCACCGAGGAGAAUGCGGUGUGCGUGAGCUGCCAGAACAACAGCGUUGGCGACAAGUGCGAGAGCUGCCUCAGCGGCUACUUCCUGCUGCAGGGGAAGUGUGAAAAGUGUCAGUGUAACGGCCACGCAGACACGUGCAAUGAGCACGAUGGCACGGGUUGUCCGUGCCAGAACAACACCGAGACCUCCUCCUGUCUCAGUAGCCCUCAGAGCGACCGCAAAGACUGCUACAGACAACAGUGCGCCAAGUGCAAAGACUCCUUCAACGGCACACCGGUGAACGGACGCCAGUGCUACCGGCAAUUCAACGUGGACACCGAGUGCUGCUUCGACCCCACGUCGCAGACCAACUGCUUCCACGACCCGGCCAUCCGCAACUUGCCGCGGGGCCGCACGGUCUACUUCGCCGCCCAACCCAAGUUCACCAACGUUGACAUCCGGGUCACCAUCGACGUGACCUUCGGAGAGGUGGAGGUGUACGUGUCCAACUCCCACGACACCUUCAUCGUGGACGUGGACCGCCGCUCGGGCGUCCAUGCCAUCAAGAUCGAGGAAGAGUCGCGAGGGACUACGACGGCGGGGGUGGACAAGGACUCGCCGCCAUCGCCGAUCAAGUUGUUUCCCAAUGCCUCGUCGGGUGUUGGGGGAGGCGUCAUCUCCAACAAUCCACUGCAGCUGCAGGCGAAGCCGCCAGGCUCGGAGAGGGAGAUUCGUGAGGAACGUGCCAAGGGCCUUAUUUCUUACAUCACCGUUUGGAAACCGCAGACUGUUCUGAUCGUCCGAGGCGUUCGGGACCGGGUGGUCAUCACCUUCCCGCACGAAGUGCACUCUCUCAAGUCCAGCCGCUUCUACAUCGCCCUCCGAGGGGUGGGAACGGCGGCCAACCAGGGCGAGUCCCAAGGCCUGCUCUUCCUGCGCCAGGACCAAGCCCACAUCGACCUGUUUGUCUUCUUUUCCGUCUUUUUCUCCUGCUUUUUCCUCUUCCUUUCUGUCUGCGUGCUCCUGUGGAAGGUCAAGCAGUUCCUGGACUUCCGGCGGGAACAGCGGAGACACAUCCAAGAGAUGACGAAGAUGGCGUCGCGCCCCUUCGCCAAACUCACCAUCUACCUGGAGCCGGAUGAGCCGCAGCUCAUUUAUCUCCCGUCAAGCGGCGGGGGCGGCAUGUCGGUCGCCCACACCCGCUCUGCCAAGCUUGGAGGGGUUAUGGUGGGCCAGAGGGGCCGCACCGGGGCCGUGUCCUACAAACAUGACCUCGCCUCGGGACCCGCCGGGCACCACCAGCACCAUCUGGCCCCGGGCGGGGGCAACAACGGCCAGCAUCUUCCUCUGCACUACCUGAACACCCACCACUAUGCCGGCACCACCGCCGGCAACCAAGCCUCGCUGCAGCACCACCCGUCCACCUACAGCGGCUACCAGCACUUCUGCCGCUCCGACCCCUUUCUCUCGCAGCUCAUGGGCUUCUCCUACUCCUCCUUCAAGGUGGGGCCCAUCACCCUGGAGCCCACCGACGACGGCAUGGCUGGGGUGGCCACCGUCCUCUUCCAGCUUCCCGGUGGGGUCUUGGCUCCCAAUCGGGCCUGCUUGGGCUCGGCGCUGGUGACGUUGCGGCAGAACCUGCAGGAGUACUGCGGCCACGGCAACGGAGCCGGGCACCCAGGGGCGGGCGGCGCCCGCAAGGGACUUAUCGGGCAUCAGCACCUGACCACUAUGGCCAUGUAGGGACGUGGGCCAAUACGGAGCGUUGGGAAAAGAAUUGCCGUCGUUGCCUCAUAUAGCGGCCAACCGUGCGGUAAAUUAGCGGUUAGCCAAUCGCACUCCUGCCUCAGUCAUGAGAUUGGGGUUGGACUCUACAUUUGAGCUUCUCCCGAAUCUUGCCUGGGUUGUCUCGUUGUCCUCCGGCUUCCUCCCACAUUCCAAAACAUGCAUGUUGGCUGAAGAGUCCAUACGUGAAAAGGAGCAUUUGACUUUUUGCCGUCGCAGAAGUGGUUAGCAGAUCUGCCUCCCUGUCGGCAGAUCUUGGUCUGAAUCGAUGUUGGAAUAUCUGCUGCGUGGACGUGCUUACGUAGCUUUUCCGUGCGUACGCUGACUUCAUCCCACAUUCCCAUUCUCAAUGAAGUCUCCCAGUUCUCCAUUGCCAAAAAUGUAUGCUACAUGCUAUAUUAAUAGCAUAGAAAUAGCACAAACUAUGAACACAAAACAUGUAAUUUCAAAGUGAACUGACAACAUUACCCUUAAAAAUAAAAAUGAAUAGUUUACAUAUCAUUUGAUUCAAACAAACAAAAAAUAGGAGGUGGAGAUAGACAUGUCCAUGCAGCAAAGACUCUUGCAUCGACGAACAUCCCAGUCUAACCUUAGCUGCACCCCAUCACUCAAAGAUGUUAACGUACCUCCUUGAUACGACUUACUCGCUUCCUAAAAGCCAAGGCUUUGGCGCCAUCUUGUGGCAUCUUAGUGUUGUAGCUCAAGCACAAUAACCAUGAAUAGGUGAAUAUGUGAAUAACAAACCGCCAAUAGACAUGGGUUCAUAUUUAUUCAAUGUUCAACAUAUUUUCAAACAUAACUACACUAGCUAACACGUUAAAAGCGCCUGUCGGGAGGAUGAACAUGACAAGUAUCCGUACAAACGGGAAUAUUGGAAUCUUAAAUAUCAAAGUUGUGCAAUAUCCAGCCACAGAUUAGCAUUUUGUGUGCCCUCUCCAGAUUAGUCACAUAACACCUUUUUUCACCCCUCCAUGUCAUGUUGUCGUAAAAUUUGACGUUUUGACGUGACGUUUCGGGGGCCACUACGUGAAGGAGUGCGGUCAAUUCACGGGACGGGGGGGGGGGG